UUGGCAGCAGCCGUCUGCACAAAAGCAGGAAAGGCUAUUGUUUCUCGCCAGUUUGUGGAGAUGACCCGAACUCGGAUUGAGGGCUUAUUAGCAGCUUUUCCAAAACUCAUGAACACUGGAAAACAACAUACAUUUGUUGAAACAGAGAGUGUAAGAUAUGUCUACCAGCCUAUGGAGAAACUGUACAUGGUACUGAUCACUACCAAAAACAGUAAUAUUUUAGAAGAUUUGGAGACCCUAAGGCUGUUUUCAAGAGUGAUCCCUGAAUAUUGCCGAGCCUUAGAGGAGAAUGAAAUAUCUGAGCACUGUUUUGAUUUGAUUUUUGCUUUUGAUGAAAUUGUCGCCCUUGGAUACCGGGAGAAUGUUAACCUGGCACAGAUCAGAACCUUCACUGAAAUGGAUUCUCAUGAAGAAAAGGUGUUCAGAGCAGUCAGAGAGACUCAAGAACGUGAAGCUAAGGCUGAGAUGCGGCGUAAAGCAAAGGAAUUACAACAAGCCCGAAGAGAUGCAGAGAGACAGGGCAAAAAAGCACCAGGAUUUGGGGGAUUUGGCAGCUCUGCGGUAUCUGGAGGCAGCACAGCUGCCAUGAUUACAGAGACCAUCAUUGAAACUGAUAAACCAAAAGUGGCACCUGCACCAGCCAGGCCAUCAGGCCCUAGCAAGGCUUUGAAACUUGGAGCCAAAGGAAAGGAAGUAGAUAACUUUGUGGACAAAUUGAAAUCUGAAGGUGAAACUAUCAUGUCCUCCAGUAUGGGCAAGCGUACCUCUGAAGCAACCAAAGUGCAUGCUCCAUCCAUUAAUAUGGAAAGUGUGCAUAUGAAGAUUGAAGAAAAGAUCACACUAACCUGUGGACGAGAUGGAGGACUACAGAAUAUGGAGUUGCAUGGCAUGAUCAUGCUUAGGAUCUCAGAUGACAAAUUUGGUCGAAUUCGUCUUCAUGUGGAAAAUGAAGAUAAGAGAGGGGUGCAGCUACAGACGCAUCCAAAUGUGGAUAAAAAAUUGUUCACUGCAGAGUCUCUAAUUGGCUUGAAGAAUCCAGAGAAGUCAUUUCCAGUCAACAGUGAUGUAGGGGUGUUAAAAUGGAGACUACAAACCACAGAGGAAUCUUUUAUUCCACUGACAAUUAAUUGCUGGCCUUCAGAGAGUGGAAAUGGCUGUGAUGUCAACAUAGAAUAUGAGCUACAAGAAGAUAAUUUAGAACUGAAUGAUGUGGUUAUCACCAUCCCACUCCCAUCUGGUGUUGGCGCACCUGUAAUUGGUGAGAUCGAUGGGGAGUAUCGACAUGACAGUCGACGAAAUACCUUGGAAUGGUGCCUGCCAGUGAUUGAUGCCAAAAAUAAGAGUGGCAGCCUGGAGUUUAGCAUUGCUGGGCAACCCAAUGACUUCUUCCCUGUUCAAGUUUACUUCAUCUCCAAAAAGAAUUACUGUAACAUACAGGUUACCAAAGUGACCCAGGUAGAUGGAAACAGCCCCGUCAGAUUUUCCACAGAGACCACUUUCUUAGUGGAUAAGUAUGAAAUCCUGUAAUACCUAGAAGAAGGAACCGAAAAGGAAAAUCUUCAGAUUAAUAAAGAAGUCAACGGUGGCUGAAGAGUUUUUUCCAAAUUUACGAGCCAUUGGAGAUCCUUUUUUUUCUGAUAACAAUGCACGAUUAUCUGCGCCAAGGGCCCUCUCAACUCACCCCCACUGUUUCAGUGUCACAGAGACAUUCUUUGACAAAGAAAUGACACAAACAUAAAGGGAAAGGCUGCUGAUUUCUUUGGCAGAUUUUACUGGCCAGCAGGAAAGCAAGCUCUCCAGAGAAUGCCACCAAUUAAACACCUCUACCUUGCCUAAGUUGCUCCUUUAUUUUAAUCUCUAAAUAUAGUUAUAUUUCAUACUUACUUUUUUUUUUUAAGUUUUCUCUAUGGAAGAUUUUAAUCUGUCUUACUCCUUUCCUUUACCUUCAGUUUUUCCUUUGUAUACAUUCAGUCAGCACUGGGAUCGUUUAUGUACAGGUAUUGUGUUUGCUUGGCACUCCUAGAACAAGUUUAACCCAUUCUUAAUUUUUGGGUUAUGCAGGUGAAGUGUUUAAGGGGUAUGGGGUCUAAAAGUUAAAAGAUAAGGGCGUCUUCUGUCCUUUUCUCAACGUACAUUCAUCCCUUCAUUACUUUGUCAAGUUGAUUUCCUUUCAGGACCUGUCCCUCCAGUUUAGAAUAGUACUGUGAAUCCCACUUGUCAAUAUUAAAGAUAGCUAAGAAGCAGCUUUCAAAUGGCACAGCUUCCUCUUCAAGAUGUGUGGGAGGAGAAUGGUUAUGUCCAGUUAGGGAUUUCAUGUCCUCCUGUAAUCGUGUCUGCUGCUAGUGCUACCCAAGCUUCCAGUUUUCUCCAUCUUGGGUACUUAAGCUAAAAUGUGGCAGCUCACAGUCAUAAUCCAUUCAUAUAUGCCUCAGUUUUACUACCUCCCUCUUCCUUGCUGCUCACUCUGUUGUCAGUCUUUUCUAGCAGAAAUUGAAGUUAUGAUUUUGGAGGCUGUGGGUUCAGUGAGUCUUUGUGCCAAUCCCACUGGCCCUGAACUAUCAAGAAGACUCCAUUUCCAUCACUAGAUUUUUAGCAUUUCAAAAGACAGCUGAUUAUAUUAAUAUGUAGGGAUUAGUCAUAUAUACUCCAUUCCCUUCCAGCCUGCUGAACAUUUUCCAUCAGCCUAUCUGUCCCUAUCUCUGAAAUCCUCCCUUUACCUCCCCCUAAGCCUUUUUUGAGUGUCAUGUAGUGGUUGUUUCUUAGCUCCAUCUCAUCUGCUUUUUCGGUGGAGACUACAUUAGCCAGCCCAUCCUUGGCUUUUAAACCAGUAUUGUACUCAAUAGGGUGGGUGAAGAUUUGCUAUGAGGCAGCAGGCCCUGGCAGUGGGAAGAGGCAGGUGAUUAUAGAUGACCUCCUGCACUUUUAGCUGGUUGGAGAGUACCACUUCCACUCUGAACAACAUCUGGUCUUCCCUGCAAACUUGAAUUAAAGCAAUCACACACAAAUGGCCAUGGAUGGAAUUGCUUGCCAAAGAAAUUUCUGGCCUUUCCCUUUCCCCUAACCGCAUCAGGGAAGAAUCCUUAUCUCUAGCUUGGUUUCCACAUGAGGUUUUUCUGAGGAAGGGGAGUGGGGCAAGAAGUCUGUUGGGUAGUUAAGUAGGCAAAAUAUUAAUCCAGUUUUGUUUGAGAGUUGCUCGUCCAUGUGAUUUUUAAGGAGUCAAGUUUAAUUUCACAAAAACUUUUUUUUUCUGAAAUUACUUCUGGGGUAAUAUUUAAAAUAAGAGAUGUUUUGUAACCCUGUAAAAUACAUAGGGAAUAUAACAUUCCAGUGUACACAAAGAAGGCAAAUUCUUUAAUAAUAAUCAAAUAAAGAGUAUUAUAAAAUGA